GUCAUUUCCGGGUAGGGGAGCCCGCGGAAGGCGGAAGUGUGUGAGUCCGCAGUGGCGAAACGCAGCUGUGGUGUCGCCAGCGUAGCCUCGGGCCCUUGCGGUUCUGGGCUCGGAAGUUCGGAGGCGGUCAUCAGAACGAGAAAGGGAGGAUGGCUAUGAGGCGGUCGCGCGGCCUGGCGGGGUCUGGUGGCUGAGUUGCCCCGCCGCCUGCUCCCGGCCCGCCGCCCGCGCCGGCCCUCAGGAUGACUGCGGCCGCCACCUCCAACUGGGGGCUGGUCACGAACGUCGUGAACAGCAUAGUGGGGGUCAGCGUGCUCACCAUGCCCUUCUGCUUCAAACAGUGUGGCAUCAUCCUGGGCGCCCUGCUCUUGGUCUUCUGCUCCUGGAUGACGCACCAGUCAUGCAUGUUCCUGGUAAAGUCUGCCAGCCUGAGCAAACGGAGGACCUAUGCUGGCCUGGCAUUCCACGCCUAUGGGAAAGCCGGGAAGAUGCUGGUAGAGACCAGCAUGAUUGGGCUGAUGCUGGGAACCUGCAUUGCUUUCUAUGUUGUGAUUGGUGACCUGGGGUCCAACUUCUUUGCCCGGCUCUUUGGGUUUCAGGUGAGUGGUACCUUCCGUGUGUUCCUGCUCUUUGGGGUGUCCCUGUGCAUUGUGCUCCCGCUCAGUCUGCAGAGGAACAUGAUGGCCUCCAUCCAGUCCUUCAGUGCCAUGGCCCUCAUCUUCUACACCGUCUUCAUGCUUGUGAUUGUGCUAUCCUCCCUCAAGCAUGGCCUCUUUGGUGGGCAGUGGCUGAAGCAGGUCAGCUAUGUGCGCUGGGAGGGCGUCUUCCGUUGCAUUCCCAUCUUCGGCAUGUCCUUCGCCUGCCAAUCCCAGGUCCUGCCUACCUAUGACAGCCUGGAUGAGCCAUCCGUGAAGGCCAUGAGUUCCAUAUUUGCCUCCUCCCUCAAUGUGGUUACUACCUUCUACGUCACGGUGGGGUUUUGUGGUUACGUCAGCUUCACUGAGGCCACAGCAGGCAAUGUAUUGAUGCACUUCCCCUCCAACCUGGUGACAGAGAUGAUCCGUGUGGGCUUCAUGAUGUCGGUGGCCGUGGGCUUCCCCAUGAUGAUCCUGCCCUGUAGGCAGGCCUUGAACACACUGCUUUUCGAGCAGCAGCAAAAAGAUGGAACCUUCGCUGCUGGAGGCUACAUGCCCCCGCUUCGGUUUAAAGCGCUGACCCUCUCGGUUGUGUUUGGAACCAUGGUUGGUGGCAUCAUUAUCCCCAAUGUGGAGACCAUCCUGGGCCUCACGGGAGCAACGAUGGGGAGCCUCAUCUGCUUCAUCUGCCCAGCUCUAAUCUACAAGAAGGCCCAAAAGAACGCUCUCUCUGCCCAGGUGGUGCUCUGGGUUGGCCUGGGUGUGCUGGUGGUCAGCACACUUACCACCCUGUCUGUGAGCGAAGAGGCCCCUGUGGACCUGGCAAAGGAGGUUCCCAGUGGCCGCCGAGGGGAGGCUGAGGGUGUGGCGAAAGCAGACGCGGCCCGACUCUCAGUCCAGGACCCUGUCGUGGAUGUGGCUGAGGAUGGCAGGGAGAAGCCGAAGCUGCUGGAAGAGAAAGAGGAGCUGGAGCUGGCCCAGAUUAAGGGCCCCGUGGACAUGCCUGGUGGGGAGGAGGUCGCCGAGAAGCAGGAGGCUGCGCAGCUUGAUCGCCCUGGUCAAGGUAUCGCUGUCCUUAUGGGUGAGGCCCACCGCCAUGAGCCUCCCAUUCCUCAUGACAAGGUGGUGGUGGACGAAGGUCAAGACCGAGAAGGACCGGAAGAGAACAAGCUGCCUUCCAGGCACACGGAUGGAGGGGCUGCCAGGGGCAAGGGGCAGAUGGUGCCACCUCCACCCAAGUCAGAGAAGGAGCUGGAGAGGGAAGAGGCUGGGAAGAGCCGUGAACAGGCCCAGCCCUUAGGGGCUGUGGGGGAUCUUCCUGAAGACCACCAGAAGGUCCCAGAGGCAAAUGGUCAGCUUGUUCUGCAGUCCAGGAAGGAGGACCCGGGACCAGGUCUUGAUCCAGGGCCCCGGGUGGCCCUCUUAGCGGAGAAGAACACCAGGGCAGCAGGGCAAGGGGAGGAGGCUGUGCGCGCUGCUGCGGGGGACACUGGAAACGUCGUGGAGAGUGACCCUGGUGGGAAGCUGCCCCUCCUGGCACAGAGACCGCCUCCUGGGGCUGGGCUGCAGCGGGGGCAGCGGGAGCAGCGGGAGCAGCGGGAUGCAGAGCGGGCAGCGGAGCAGCCAGGCGGAGACCAGGCGGGCAGCAAGCUGGAGGCUGAAAUUAAAAAGAUAGUAGCAGCAGAAGCUGGCAGGGCAGAGAUGCUGGACCAUGCCGUCCUGCUGCAGGUGAUCAAAGAGCAGCAGGUGCAGCAGAAACGCCUGCUGGACCAGCAGGAGAAGCUGCUGGCUGUGAUUGAGGAGCAGCACAAGGAGAUCCACCAGCAGCGGCAGGACGAUGAGGAGGACAAGGCCCGGCAGGGGGACAUGCAGCCAGAGCCUGGGGUGGCUGUCCCCAGAGGUCAGGAGGAGGCUCGAGACGGGCAUGCUGGGGAGAUGGUGGAGAAUCCCCCUCCGCAGCCCAUGGAACCUGUGCUGGGAGCUCCUGGGAACCAGCCUGCUGCACCCCAGGAGCUUGGCCAGCACUCCCCAGAGGAGCCCAGGCAGGCUGUGGGAAGAGACCCAGCUAGUCCUCCUGACACACAGCCCCGGGCAGCGCAGGCCAAGCUGAACAAAGACCAGAACGGUGCUGUGCCUGAGGCAGCCAGGGCUGUGAAACCACUGGCCCAGGACCUGCAGGCAGGGCCCAAGCCAGACCCCACGAGGGCACCUAGGAGCUCAGAGAAACACCUUGCUGAGGAAGUCCCCAGGGAGAUCCAGGAUGUUUUGGGCAGAGGUUCCCAAGAAAAGAAGCAAACUGGAAAGAAAGCAGCACCCCCUGGAGCCAAUGUUCAGAAUGAGGCUGGCAGGGCUACGGCAGGGGCAGGUGCAGAGGCUGGGGACGGCCUUGUGAAAUCCAGGCAAUCAGACCUAGUACCCUCUGUGGGCCCAUCUGGCAGGCCGGCAGUCGUGGCUCCUCAGCCCCAGGCUGGAUUGGGUCAGCAGGGGCCCCGGGCCAUUGCCGAUGGGGGCCAGGGUAGUCACCUAGAAGCAAAACAGGAGUUCCCUGGAGGGAACCAUGCACCCACUCCUCAGAAGCAGCCUAGAGCUGGAGAGGAGGCUGCUAUCCAAGAGCCCAGGCAGAGGUCAGACUCUGAGCCUGGGCCCAGACUCUCAGUACCUGAGGCUCAGAAGCCAGACAACGCCAAGCCCAACCGAGAUCUGAAACUGCAAGCUGGCUCUGACCUUCGGAGGCGGCGACGGGAUCUUGCCCCUCACCCAGAGGGUGAGCCAUCCCCAAAGGAUGGGGUCAUCAUCAGCUUUAACCCCCUCCCAGACAUCCCAGCCAAUGACCUGCGCAGUGCUCUGGACACCCAGCUCCGCCAGGCCGCUGGAAAUGCGUUGCAGGUAGUCCACAGCCGGCAAAUCAAGCAGCUGCCCAGCGCUCCCAAGGAGGCCUGAGCACCGGCUCACAGCGACGGCCCAGCGAGGGCCACUGUCCUGUGAGUAGCUGGCCUCCUUGGCCUCGUCCUGGCUGAAAAUGGAGCUCAUGCUCACUGAUCCUCAGGGAUGUGUGUCUGAGACCCUCACCAAGUGCCGUGGCAUCAAAAAGGCCUCACGGUCUAUACUGUUUGCUGCUGAACUGUCACCACGUACUGUGAGGGCCACUUGUCUCUGCACCCCCUGAACCCACGCGACCCACAAGUGGCUCUCAGUGGAGUGGCACAGGGGCCCGACUCAUAUCUGAGGAGAGUUGGGUCACUGCCUGCAGUGUGCCUUUGACAUCGCCAGGGCUGGGCCACCUUGGGGCUCUGUGAGAACCUCCAUCCCCUGGAAUAGUCCUGAUGCUGCCAGUGUCCCAAGGAGCAAAGGGGGAUGCCCCACAGCCCUCCUCCAGGCCUUGGCAUCUGAGAGGCACAGACCUCUUGGCUGUGCAGGCUUCCAUGGCCUACACAUGCUCUGAGGUCUGCUCUUUGAAAUCAGAUUAUUAAGAUAACAAAAUAAAUAAAAAACCUUGAUACCUGGUGAGUCAA